CUGUUCGUCGAAACUCGAUUAAUUUCAGAGGUUGUAGAGAACAAGGAAUUCUUGAAUUGGCUUCUACUGCAGAAAUUCGACCUUGCCUUCACUCAUAUUUUUGAUGUGUGCCCAAUCGGCCUCGUUCACUAUGCAAAGAUCCCAUCGUGGAUUUGGCUCAGCAGCACUGAUGAUGGAGAGCAGCGAUCAGAUGAAUUUCGUGGAAAGAGUGAAGAGUUUCGUUGGACAUACGUUGAUUAUCGCUUUUUGGAAAAAGUAAUGGUAAACUCCAAUGAACUUUACGAGGCACCAAGACCAACGUUAUCGAAAAUUGUGAACAUUGGCGGUGUGGGCAUCGGAUUUAAGGAUGCCAAUCCUCUACCUGACGAAUUUCAACGAAUAAUAGACGUCUGUGUGGGAUUAGUGGUAUUUUCCUUUGGCUCGGUAACUCCUAGCUACAAGAUGCCACUGGCGUGGAAAAAAGCCUUUCUUGCUGCCUUCAAGAACUAUCCGGAACAUCACUUCGUCAUGAAAUACGAAGGAACAGAUUUGCAAGAUCAUCUUCCUUCAAAUGUGCACGUGUUCAAAUGGUUGCCUCAAGCCAAUCUUUUAGCACAUCCAAAAACGAAAGCGUUGAUUUCCCAUGGAGGGUAUAAUAGCUUACAGGAGGCGAUCAUUGCUGGUGUUCCCCUAAUCACCAUACCGUUGUUUGGCGACCAACCGAAGAAUGCAAAGUUGGCCGAGAAGCAUCGAAUUGCUGUGAAUCUUAGGAAGGACAACCUCACCGUCGAUGCGGUCGUGAAAGCGCUUGAAAAGCUUCUCAGUGAUAGAAGGUUAGAUUAG